AUGGAUGAAAUGUACCUGCUUAAUGUGGAAGGAGUCAAGAAAAAGAUUUUACAUGGAGGCCGAGGGGAGCUGCCGCAAUUCAAAGAUGGGAGCAAGCUCACAUUCCACUUUCAGACACUAAAAGACGACUUUGAGCACACGGUGAUAGAUGACAGCCGACAGGCUGGCAUCCCCAUGGAGAUCAUCGUGGGGAAACUGUUCAAAAUCGAGGUGUGGGAGACCUUGCUAACCUCCAUGAGGAUCGGAGAAGUGGCAGAGUUCUGGUGUGACGCUAUUCACACAGGCAUGUACGCACUGGUCUCCAAGGGCAUGAGGAGGAUUGCGGAGGGCAAGGACCCCUUGGAGGGGCAGAAGCACCGCUGUGGGAUGGGGAACAUGUUCGACUACCACAGCACGGGUUAUGUGGACCUGGAUGAGCUACAGAGGGCCCCCCAGCCUCUCAUCUUCAUCAUGGAGCUUUUCAAAGUGGACGAUCCCUCAUCCUAUAAGCGGGACACAUGGGCCAUGAACAAAGAGGAGAAACUGUCGGCAGUGCCCGUAUUGCACAGCGAGGGCAACCGGCUGGUCCUGCUCAAGAGGUACCAGGAAGCAGCAGCGAAGUAUCAGGAAGCAGUCAUCUGCCUGCGGAACGUCCAGGCCAAGGAGAAGCCCUGGGCUGAAGACUGGCUGAGCCUGGAGAAACUCAUCACGCCCCUUGUGCUGAAUUACUGCCAGUGCCAGCUGGAGCUGGGGGAAUACUAUGAGGUCUUAGAACACACCACCGACCUCCUCCAGAAGAACAAUGAGAACGUGAAGGCUUACUUCAAGCGCGCAAAGGCCCAUGCCGCUGUCUGGAACGAGAAGGAGGCACGAGAAGACUUCCUGAGGGUGGCUCAACUGGACCCGUCACUGGGAGCGGCUGUGAAGAAAGAGCUGAGGCUGUUGGGGGAGAGGAUGAGAGAAAAACAUGUGGAAGAUCGGCAGAGAUACCAGGGCCUCUUCCAGCAGCCUCAGCUCAAAGGGGCAACAGAAGGGAAGGGGCAGUUGGGAGGAGAUGGGAAUGCUGGAGCUGGCAGGCAGGAGGGAGGAAAUUCUGGGGAAGGUAGGGAGGAGACAGGACUGGGACCAGAGAGCUCCACAGGCAAGGAGGAAGAACAAGAACAAGGAAUUGCUAGAGCAGAGGGGGGUACGAGAGAGGCAGGACUUGGAGAAGAGAACACACAUGCAAAGAGGGAACAAGGCGUGGGGGAGUCUGGGGCAGAGACAGGACCUGGGGAAGAGAGUGCCAGAGCAGAGAGGGAAGAGCCAGGGGAAGGAACAGACCAAGGGAAUUGGAAUUCUGGGGUCGAUGGAGCAGGGGGAGGACAAGGAAACUCGGAGACAGGCCUUGGAGAAGGAUUUUCCAGAGCAGAGAGGGAAAGAGCAAGCCAAGGUGAUUGUGCAGCAGAAAGUCAUAGCGUUCAUGGCCAGAAGGGACCACUAGAGAGAGGACUUGGAGAAGAGAAUGCCAGGGAGAGUCAUGGGGCAGGAGCCAGAGAAAGGAGCUCAGAGGCAGAUAAAGAAUGGGGAGGGAGAGCAGAAGGUUGCUCCAGCACUAAAGCAGCAGAGCAGAGCUUGGGGGAAGGGGUUGGGCCUGGGGCAGAGAACAGCAGGACACUGAGAUGAAUGUGGAGAAAUACAAGAUGCUUCCUUGCUAACACACUGGAGGGAGGUCAGCACUGAGGGACAAUGCUGCCGCUCACUAGGGCUGCCUAGGCAGGCAAAGAG